AUGGAUUCCACCCCAAAGACAAUUGCCAAAGGAUUAACCCAUACCAACUGCGUUACCUUAGCUAUCGCAUCCCCUACUGUUCCGGUGCGCGAGAAAUGGACCAGCAACAUCGAGUUUACGCUCUCCUGCAUAGCGUACUCGGUCGGAUUCGGCAAUAUCUGGAAGUUCCCGUACACCGCACUAGACAACGGUGGCGGUGCCUUUCUGAUACCGUACCUGGUAGUGCUGUUUGUGAUCGGACGUCCGCUGUACUAUCUCGAGAUGGCAAUGGGACAGUUCUGCAGCCGUGGCUGCGUCAAGAUCUACGAUAUGGCUCCGGCAAUGCGCGGUGUCGGUGUGGGCCAAUCGGUCGCAAUGGUAGUGGCAAUGUCCUACUACACGCCCGUGUUGGCCAUCACCUUACGCUAUCUCCUGCUGUCGUUUAGCAGCGAGCUACCGUGGAGCAAGUGUCAUCACUCGUGGAGUCGGUGUAUUGAUUCAGACUUUCGAGGUUAUUCCAACUCCUCGGAUGCUGCCAUCGAGGAUCGAAGAAAUGUUUCCGCCGAGCUGUACUUCACCAACACAAUAAUGCAUCGUGCGCCGUUGGAAGAAGGUCUCGGCUGGCCUGACGGGCAGCUGGUACUCUGUCUGCUCGUCUCAUGGACCAUUCUGGUGGUGAUUCUCAUCAAGGGAGUUCGAAGCACGGGCAAAGCAGCAUAUUUCCUUGCCAUCUUUCCGUACGUCAUCAUUUUUAUUCUGCUCGCCCACUCACUUAGCCUCGAAGGUUCGCUCGAGGGUAUCAAAUUUUUCUUGACGCCCAAAUGGGAAAGUCUCUUCACAGCCAAAGUCUGGAUGGAAGCCGUGACGCAGUGCUUUUUCUCGCUAUCGAUCUGCUUCGGUGGUAUCAUCGCGUACUCUUCAUUCAACAAUUUCUCCAACAAUGUCUACCGCGACGCAAUGAUUAUAUCCUGGCUCGACACGUUUACAUCCAUUGUUGUGGGUUGCAUCGUGUUCGGCGUACUUGGCAAUCUGGCCCAUGUCACGCACAGAACCAACAUCCAGGAUAUUGUGCGGGAAGGACCGGGCCUUACCUUCAUGGCAUACCCCGAUGCGAUCGCGAAAUUCGAGUACUGCCCACAGCUCUUUUCCGUACUCUUCUUCCUGAUGUUCUUUAUCGUGGGGAUUGGCAGCAACCUAGGGGCGAUCACCAGCGUCAUCACCGCCAUCCGCGAUCGAUGUCCAACCGUUGCGAACUGGAAGAUUGUGAUGGGUGUUAGCGUGUCGAUGUUUUGCGUCAGCGUCGUCUACUUGGCACCCGGCGGGUUGGAUCUUCUGGACGUACUGGACACGUACGGUGCGAAGUACGUUACGCUCACGCUAGCACUGUUCGAAAUUCUUACGUUUGGCUGGAUCUACGGUGUCGAUAGUGUCUGCCGUGAUAUCAAGUUUAUGCUGCAGAUCGAAACAGGACGGUUUUGGCGUAUCUGCUGGGGUAUUCUUGCACCGAUGCUGGUGGGUAUCAUUCUCGUAGUGAGCUUCGUCGAUUACGUCCCACUGAGUGUUCCCGUGGAAUACAAUGUUGCAGGAUGGGUUCUGUACACGUUCGCCAUCUUACAGCUUCCGUUAUGGGCCGGGUACGCGAUAGUAACUCAGGACGAGAAAGGAUGUCGAACGAAAUGGAAGACAGCAUUCGAACCAACCAACAGCUGGGGCCCAGAAAACGAAAGCACACGCGAACAGUACAACAGAAUGAAAAACAAACGGUGUCAGUUUACUACUGCCCCGAGACCAAAUCUUACGCACAGAUUGUGUGGCAAAAUAUUUGAUUAA